AUGACCUCCAGCGCCCCCGCCGACAUACCCCGGGCCUAUGACCCUGCCUCCGUGGAGCAGCGUACCUACCAGCAGUGGCUCGACAACGGCUACUUUACACCUGAAAUACGCCCGGGCCGCCAGCCCUUUGUCAUCAUCAUGCCGCCCCCCAACGUCACCGGCGAACUGCACCUGGGCCACGCCCUCACCGCUUCCAUCGAGGACGCCCUGACCCGCUGGCGCCGGAUGUGCGGCUACGAUACCCUGUGGCUCCCCGGAAAGGACCACGCCGGCAUUGCAACCCAGUGGGUAGUUGAGCGACUGCUGGCGGAGGAGGGCACCAACCGCCACGAACUGGGCCGCGAGAAAUUUCAGGAACGGGUAUGGGAGUGGGUCGCCCGCUACGGCAACACCAUCGACGAGCAGCACAAGCGCCUGGGCACCUCCUGCGACUGGUCCCGCCUCCGUUUCACCCUGGACCCCGGUCCUGCCAAAGCGGUGCGCACCACCUUUGUCAACCUGUACAAAAAGGGCCUGAUCUACCGCCACGAGCGCAUCAUUAACUGGUGCCCCCGCUGCGCCACCGCCCUGUCCGACCUGGAAGUGGAAUACCAGGAACAGGACGGCAAGCUUUACUACAUCCGCUACCCCCUGGCUGACGGCAGCGGCCACAUUACCGUCGCCACCACCCGCCCCGAGUCCAUGCUGGGUGAUACCGGCGUGGCGGUGCACCCCGAGGACCCCCGCUACGCCGCCCACGUCGGCCAGCAGGCCAUGCUGCCUAUCAUGGACCGGUCCAUCCCCAUCGUUGGCGACGAGGCAAUUGAGCAGGAGUUCGGCACCGGCGCCCUGAAGGUAACCCCCGGCCACGAUGUAACCGACUUCGAGAUCGGCGAGCGCCACGGGCUGGAAAUCAUCAACGUCAUCGGCUUUGACGGCAACAUGACUGACCUGGCCGGCAAGUACGAGGGCAUGGAGCGGUUCGACACCCGCCGCGCCGUGGCCGAGGAACUGGACGGCCUGGGCCUUCUGGAAAAGGUGGAGGACUACCGCCACUCGGUGGGCCAUUGCCAGCGCUGCGACUCGGUGGUCGAACCCCUGAUCAGCCUGCAGUGGUUCCUGAAUGUGGGCAGCCACCGGGACCCCGACAGCAUCGCCGGCCGCGCCCACGCCGCCGUGGCAAACGGCGACAUCAGCAUCGUCCCCGACCGCUUCGGGCGGGUCUACCUCAACUGGCUGGAGAACAUCCGCGACUGGUGCAUCAGCCGGCAGCUUUGGUGGGGCCACCGCAUACCCGUCUGGUACUGCGACGAAUGCAACGAAAUCAUCGCUUCGGUGGACGACCCCAACGCCUGCCCCACCUGCAACUCCGAGGGACUGCGACAGGAUGAGGACGUGCUGGACACCUGGUUCAGUUCCGGCCUCUGGCCCCAUUCCACCCUGGGCUGGCCCGACAAUACCGAGGACUUUAACUACUUCUAUCCCACGGCCGUCAUGGAAACGGGGUACGACAUCCUCUUCUUCUGGGUGGCCCGCAUGAUCAUGAUGGGCAUCGAGAAUACCGGAGAUAUUCCCUUCCGCACCGUGUACCUCCACGGCCUGAUUCGCGACGCCAACGGCGACAAGAUGAGCAAGACCCGGGGCAAUACCAUGGACCCCCUGGAACUCAUCGACCGCUACGGCACCGACGCCCUCCGCUUUGCCCUGUCCACCGGCACCGCCCCGGGCAACGACCUGCGCAUCACCGAA